AUGCUUGACCGUCUGGGAUUCCCUCUUCGCGGCAAUUACUAUGUCUUGGCUAUACUUGCUUUCUAUAACCUUCUCAAUGAUGUUCUCUCUGUGUCAAGGGCAAACACAGUCCUUGCUUGGCUACUUGAAAAAUCGGUCCGAUACUUCGACACUUGUGGAAUGGAUAGAAACUCCGCCAGGUUGCUCAUCAUUCCUGCUGCACAUCUUUCUCCGCGGUUUAUCUCUCUUUCAGGCUUUGCCACAGCCUUUGAUCAUGUUGUCAAUGGGACAUGGUCUUUUACAUUCUUUGCGCCAAAUAAUGAUGCAAUUGAGAGUCUCAAUGAACGCUACCGUGACUGGCUUGUUUCUCCGCUUGGGCGCGAUACAAUAGGAAACUUGUUGAUACACCAUUAUGUUCCCAACACCAAGUUCAUGACGAGCUCGUUUAAUGAAACUUACGGCCGCUUCCAGACUGGUUCUUAUCUCUUGGUUGGAGCGCAGGCAAUCGACAACACUGUCGUCCUGAAUAGGGUUGCUCAUAUUGUCGAGGGUGAUAUAAAUGUUGACUCUGGCAUUGUUCAUAUCAUCGAUCGUGUACUGUCGCCGUCGUAUCAGGAAUGGGAGCCAGAGAAUGCGAGGCUCAUCUCACAGACAUUCAUUCCUGGGUCGUGUUCUAAUCCUGCUCUGCCUUACUGCUAAGCUAGAUAGUGCCGUGACGAUGUAUGUGAUUCGGCCUUUACGGCCGUAAGUCUAAGUAAAAAUAAUCAGAGAGAAUGAGUCAUAACCCUAACCUCAUGAUGAAACUUCC